AUUUAGUCGUGAUUUUUAUUUUUGUGGCGACGCAGGGACGCUAGACGUAGCCAUGGUAACGACGCUGGCCACAAUAAAUAAUAAAAUAUAAUUAAUAUUUUGGUUAUUGAGAGCAAAAUGUCGUUCGAUACUGAGAGAUUUAUCAUAGAAAUUGAAAAUCGGCCGUGUUUAUGGAACAAGGCAUUGAAAGAGUACUCUGACCGCAACUUGAAAAUUAAAUGUUGGGAUGAAAUGGUGAACAUUUUUAAAGAAAAAGAAGAUAUAACAAAUGAAGGAAAAAACCAGCUAUCUGUUGCAUUACAAAGAAAAUGGAAAAGUAUCCGCGGCUGUUUCACAAGGGAAGUUGGCCGCCAAAAAAAUUUAAAGACCGGAUCUGGUGGUGGAUUACGUAAAAGUGAAUAUGUCUUCUUUCAACAACUGCAAUUCUUAAAAAAUGUUGUCGCUGUAAAGGAGCCUGAAGACGUUGUUGCAGAACCUGCAAAGAACUCUAAACCAGAUAUACAGAUGGUAGAACGUAAAGAAAACAAAGAACAUAAGCCACUACCAAAACAAGAACAGUGUCCCGAAGAUGAUAAAUUCCUUGUAGCUCCACAGAGAACCAUCGAGGCGAGUGAAAAUUUUGAAGCAAAAAAUGAUGACGAAGACAGGUUAUUUAUGUUGUCUUUAGUAGGUACAUUAAAAAAAGUUUCUCCAGAAAGAAAAAUGUCUACGAAAAUUAAGAUAAUGUCUAUACUCGAAAACGCAACUAAGCCUGAAUAUUACCCCUAAAGCUCAUGGUCGCAAUCCCAACAAACGCAACCGUCUCCUACAAGCGGAAGGAAUCACGGAUAUUCCACUCGUUCCAGAGGUUCUGAAAUGCCACACACCGAACAUGCUCCCAUGUCGAAUCUGUCAAAUUACUCCGAAGAAUCAACCGUUUU